AUGGCCCCGUUCGGCGAGACCAUUGCCGUGAUUGAUAAGUCCGGCAAGGUAGUGAGUACGAGCAAGCAAUUGUUUGGUGUUUUCAGCAAUGCCAAGAAUGCAUAUAGCGCCCGCAAGGCCCAAUUCCAAUCAGAGCGGAAUGCUAUUAUCGCCGAAAGAGAAGCUCUGAAGGCGAUACAAAAUUAUACGAUUGACGAUGCGCCCUCCGUCGCCUCUUCGCGGAGAAGUCGUUCGCGACACCAUUCGGGCCGCAGCCACCAUGCCCGGCACUACUACGACGACGACUAUGAAUAUGAGCAGGACCGCGGUUCCGUUGCGUCGCGCCCGGAUUCUUACUAUGACCGCCCACAGGACCUAGUCCGUCGACAUACCCAUCAUGAUAUCGCCAUGCGGGGGCCCGAAGCUCGACCGACAACUAGUCGCUCAAAGUCAGAUGCACACAUCGACAUGGACCUGGCGUACGGCGACUACAAUCCUCACGUGUUGACCAAGGCUCCGCCACAACAAAACCAACUGCAGAAGAUUGAGGACCCAGAACUAAGUGGUCUAGUAAACCGCGCACAAUGGCUCAUGGAGGAAGCCAACUGUGUACAUCAUAGUGCCACGGCCACGAUUGCUCAUCUUCAGAAGAAUCCCGAUGCCAUGGCCGCAGUUGCACUCACCCUGGCCGAGAUCAGUAAAAUAGCCUCGAAGAUGGCCCCGGCCGCACUUUCGUCGCUCAAAUCGGCAGCCCCUGCCGUUUUCGCACUGCUUGCCAGCCCGCAGUUUCUCAUCGCCGCCGGUGUUGGUCUCACUGCGACAAUUGUCAUGUUUGGCGGCUACAAAAUCAUCAAGCAAAUGUCCGGUAACGGUAACGAAGUCAGUCGAGGACCAGACCGCGGGCUCGGCCCUCGACCGGGUGAGUCCGUCGGUAUGGAUGACAUGGUAGAGAUCAACACCGAAUGCCUCAGCGGUGUUGAAAUGUGGCGACGUGGUGUCGCCGAUGCAGCCGAUGAGAGCAUCGGCACCUCUGUCGAUGGUGAAUUCAUCACCCCAACUGCUGCUAUGAUGUCCGGCAUCGAUGUGACCACUGCACGCAUGAUGCGGGACCCUCGUUUCAAGUUCGACGACGAGGAAUCGAGGGCAUCAUCUCACCGGUCUCAUCGUUCACGCCCCCCAAGAUCUCGCGCGCCUACCCGAUUGGAUGAAAGGCCAGAGUCAUACGUGGCUUCCAAGGCACCGACUAAGUCCUUCUUCGGCGCCAUCGAGAGCCCCAAGCAAAGCUCCAUCGAAGGCACCCUCCCGAGCUCCAUCUAG